GACAAAAUUCAGAUUUAACUAGAUUUAACUAGUUUGGAAUUUGGGCGUCCUUCUGUCGUUCGUGGGGAAAAAAUAAAGAUUCCUAAAGAUAGAUAGGUAAGAGGAAAACAUAAGGGAAAAAGAAGAACUUUGACUUUAGGAGAGGAGUGGUUGUUUGUUAGAAAGUUUCUUGCUGGCACACACGAUGUCUAUGCGCCGCCUGCUGAGUGUGACGGCCAGUCUGGCGCGUGUGGUCCCGGCGGCCCGCACGGUGUCCAGCCGCCUGUCCCCGGCGGUUCGCUGCCUGCCGCUGGCGGCCCGGCCGUCCGCCGUGCAGACGGCGAUCGGCCGGUUCGGGUCCGCCGCGCCACUGUCCACCUCCGCUGCUGCCGCCGCCGCGCGCACGGAACCCCCGCCGCCCCCGGCCUCCGACUCUGAGGGAAAGAAGGCCAUCGAGCUCGACCUGUCGGCGGUUCACUCCAAACGGCGGGUUCAGAGAAAACGCGCCGUGGUGAAAAAUGACACGGAGACGCGCCAACAGCCGAGCGCUGAAGAGUUGUUGGUACGAGAUCGGACGCGCGCAAACGCACUGCCAGGGGAGGCGCACGUGUCCCAUGUGUUCUCCUCAGAGCUUGAUAUACCUUCGUGCCCACCUUCGUACCAAAAAGUGUCUCCGUCCAAGACCAGGAAGAGGCACAAAGAUAUGGAGGUGGUGGCCUACAGUACCGCCGAGGAGUACAACCUGGAGAGUCUGAUGGAGGGCCUGCGCGAGCAGAACCUCUACCACCCGUCGGCCAUGUCGGAGGACGGCCGCGGCGGCGUGCUGUGGCAGCCGCCGCUGACGGAGCACGCCCCCGCUGCAGACGUUCACGACGUACUGCACGUGGCGGCGCGCUACACGCUGGGCGCCGAGCCGCGAGAGAUCUACCUGUUCCGAGAGGGUACCGUCGUGUUCUGGAACGUGCCGGAGCUGGAGCGGCGCUCGGUGCUGGAGUUUAUACGUCAGUUCCAGGAGGGCAGCUACGACCAGGAGACGGUGGAGGAGGAGUCGGACAGCAUGCCCUACUCGUACACGGAGGUGUUCAACAAGACCCGUCUGGUGAACGGACGCAUUCUGCUCAACAUGGAGGGCUCCACCGACCUGGAAAAGUACGCCUUCUCUAACGCGAUGGCGCUCUCCGUCAAACUGGGCAUCUGGGAGUCGGCUCUGGAGCGCUACAUCGACAGCAUCCGGUUCGUCACAGACGAGCUGAAGAAGGGCGGCCGGAUCAGCAUGAAGAAGGAGGAGGUGCUGAAGAAGAACGGCGAGCUGUUUGGGCUGCGCCACCUCAUCAACCUCAGCUCCGACUGUCUGGACACGCCCGAUUUCUACUGGGACAAGGACAACCUGGAGAGCCUCUACCAGAAGACGUGCAACCACCUCAACAUCGCCAAGCGCACCAGGGUGAUGAACGAGAAGCUGAACCACUGCGUGGAGCUGGCCGACAUGCUGACUACCAACCUGGCCGAUCAGCACCACGUGCGACUCGAGUGGAUGAUCAUCGCGCUCAUCAUGGUCGAGGUCGGCUUCGAGGUCAUCCACUUCCUGGAGCGGUACACCUAGACGAGGGAGUGCUCGAGCUCUGCCGGCACAGGACUCUGUGAGAGGUGGGGAAAAGCAGACCACUGCCUGGGGUUGCAGCUGCUGAUGUGUAUAACAAGUGGGUCUUGUUAGGGCCGACCAUCAGCAGGCUCCAAGACUGACAUAUGGCAGACUCGGCUGAAGCCAAAGUGACUCAGCUGCGUGCCGCAAAUCGUCGUCUGGCGAGCUUUGAAGUCCCGGCUGGCACUGUUCGGAUUUCAAUGAUAGGGUCGGAAAAUGAGUUUCCGCUUCCUUUUGCCCGGUAUGGAGUGGCACGUUCUAUGCCGGCGUUUGAGUGCCGUGAUGUCGCCUGCAAUGCGGCUUUCAUUGGACUGUGAUUGUGGUAUCCAUACUCGUGGGAGUCGGGUCCCAGAACCGUCCUCCAAAGACUUUGUAAUUAUCUUUGAAGGUCUCAGGCUCGGGAGUUGAUUUUAAUGUGUCUGACAAUCACGAGACCUUAGCUGAUACAAUUUCUAAGAAUAACAAUGAAACUGGAGUGGCUCUCAGCUGAAAUUCGCGCAGCUGGUUACGCACAGUUUUUUUUUUCUACCAAUCAAAGUUCAUAUGUUCUACGACUGUGCCGCAGGUAAAAUAGUUUACGACAAAUCACCUCUGUCCACAUUGCUUCGUCGGAAUGCUGUGUUGAAGAGAUACCUCAUCUUACAUGGUUCUUCCAAGUCAGCGUCGUCUACCCAAUGGUGUGUAUUGUAUUUGUGAUUAUGUGUGGCCCUCAGAAAUGUGCAUGGAUCCGAGAAAAUGGAUCUGGGAUCUGAUCCCACGGAUCCUGAUCUCGGAUCCGACGGGAUCAUAGAUCCAGCUCUGUAAUUUAUCGAGAGAUCCGUAGGGAUCACAGAUCCGAGUCUCAUUUUUUGCUUGAGAUCCAGUGAGAUCAUAGAUCCUCACUUAUUUUUGUCAACACAUAAAUCCCAAAAAAGCACUUGUUACAACUCACAAACGUUCUGUUUUAGUUAUUUUAUGUGAUCGCACGUCAUAAUCCAUAGUUUUGUGUGACUUAUUGGCAUAGAAACCCUUUAAAACAUGGUUCCAAAUGUGGUGCCUGGUGGGAUCCACUCAGAUCAUAGAUCCAUGUUCUUAAUUUAUCGUCAGAUCAUAUGAGAUCAUAGAUCCAAGAUGUAUUUUUCACGCCGGAUCCGGUGGGAUCAUAGAUCCCAACAUGUACUUUGCUUCGAGAUCCACUGAGAUCAUAGAUCCAUCACUGGGAUCCACGCACAUGUCUGGUGGCCCUAGUUAUUUAUUAUUUUGUGAAAGAUUGAAAACGUUUGAACUAAAAAGGAAAUUAGGCUUACAGUGUUGCUUCGGAACUGUGUUCGUUUUCUCAGCCGAUUGAUCGUCACCUGUGAUGUUCGGGAGGUGCCAGCACCGAUCUUGUCGCCCGCGAGGUGUUUACUGGUCAGGAUAUAUCGGGUAGAUGCGUCUGGGGGAUGGAAGGGAGUGUCAGAUGAUCAAACGACUGACCAGGGCCGUCAUUGUCGGACACCGACGUCGCGCCUGGGGCUGCCACCAUGCCAGUGAUGCCUUUUUAUUGUCCCCUGUGGUGCUGGCGGGGACCGGGGGAUGGGGUCAAUCGGUGACCAUUUGGUACGUCGGUUACGAGGCUGGCUCAUGAUGUGUAUAUGACUUACCGUGAUUGAUAAUUAUGUUUUAGUGAUUGUUUUUGCACAGUGAACACCGGCCGGGCUAGCUGUAAUCCUUUGUGCGCCGUGGUGUCCGCAUACCUAGUGCAGUCUGUGUAAAACCGCGCCGGGUCGACUGUAACGCGGCUGUUCCGUUUUCCAUCGUGUGUGAUUUGUGUUGCUAAUGUGCGUGACCACCCCCGGGUGUCUGGUAAACCGUUUGCACCUCUCUGCUCAGACGCCCCGCACGUUAUAUGUCGACCGCACCGCGAGCACUGCACCGACCCGGGCUGGUGAAUGGCUUCUAGUGAGAGAUCUGGUCAAAUACAGUGACUGAUGUUUGUA